AUGGCUCAAAGGUCACAGUUCAGCCAGGUAUUAAAGUACAAGGCUUCAAUUAGAUCCACAGCAGACUUCAACAAUGAAGACAACGGACCUCUAACAAACAGCUUGGUCAAUGAGUUAAACAAGGGCGAGCUUGCAAUCCAGAGCUUGGAUUCUAUUGCUAAAGAAACUGCUUCUGCUGGAGAGCAACCAUAUGUAUGCAAGGAAACUCUGCCUCAGUCUGCAAGGGACUAUUUCAUUCACUUGCAUUCCAGGGGAGUCACUCAUUUCAAAGUGUUCUUGUCCUGGUCAAGACUGCUCCCUGCAGGUACCACAGCAAGCCCUGACCUGAACACUGUAGAAUGCUAUAAAGCCUUAUUCAGACAGCUGUCCUCUUCAAACCUCAGGCCUCUGGUUGUACUGCACCAAGCAGGCAUCCCUGAGGUCUUGAUCUCCCAGCACGGAGGAUGGGAGAAUGAAAUCCUCGCCCAUCUUUUUGAAAAUUAUGCAGAAUUUGCUUUUUCUGCUUUUGGUGACUUUGCAGACACCUGGAUCACAUUCAGUGACCUUUAUGGGUUGGUGGAACAGAGCGACACUGAAGACUCUGAAAGCCUUAGACCCUCAGCUCUCAAGAAUCUCAUACUUGCUCACCAAAAAGUAUACCGACUUUACCAUCAGCUGUUUACUGCUAAAGCCAUUAAGAUGGAUAAAGUGCAGCUCUUUGGCUGUGAUAUUGAUGACCUUUUGGACCUCUUACCUGACAUGGAUGUAAAUUCAGACAGUUUGAUCAUUCAAGACCAUGGGCAAGAAUAUGGCACCUCCCAUUUCUCCUCCUACCAAACAGUGUGGGAAAAAUUUGCUAACCAGCCAGAGGCUGAGCGGGACCUCUUCUUGCAAGGAACCUUUCCAGGCGACUUCCAAUGGGGCACGUCAAGCGCUUCCUUCAAGGUGGAAGGUGGCUGGGCGGAACAUAGGAAAGGGGAGAGCAUCUGGGAUCAGUUUGGGCACAAGGGCCACGCCUUUGAGAAGCAGACAGCUGACGUAGCUUGCGACAGCUACAACAAAAUCGACUACGAUGUUUACCUCCUGAGGGGCCUGCUUUCGAAGACCUACCAGUUCUCCAUAUCCUGGUCUAGGAUUUUCCCCACAGGCUUCAAAGAGAGCCUAAACGAACACGGUGUUGAUUAUUACAACAAACUAAUCGACAGUCUGCUGGACUCCCAGAUUCAGCCCAUAGUGACUCUGUUCCACUGGGACCUGCCACAGACCCUGCAGGACCUGGGGGGAUGGCAGAAUGAGUCCAUUGUGGAUGUGUUUGCUGAUUAUGCAGAUUUGUGUUUCGCUAGAUUCGGAGAUCGGGUGAAGGUUUGGAUCACGUUUAGUGAGCCUUGGGAGGUGAGCUCUGCUGGGUACGGGACAGGACAGCACCCUCCAGAAAUCUCAGACCCGGUCAUUGCCUAUUACCAGGUUGCCCAUAUAAUGCUUAAGGCCCAUGCCAGAGGUUGGCAUGUUUACAACAAUAAAUACCGCAUUCAGCAAGGGGGGAAGGUGGGCAUAGCUCUGAAUUCAGACUGGGCUGAGCCAAUGAACCGCACAGACCAACAGGAUGUGGAAGCUGCUGAACGGUACCUGCAGUUCAUGCUAGGCUGGUUUGCUCACCCUGUGUUUGUGAACGGAGAUUACCCUGAAAUAUUAAAAACACAGAUUGAACAGAAAAAUACGCAAUGUGACAAAGAGGUGGCGAGGCUGCCUGUUUUCACUCAACAGGAAAAGCUAAACAUUAAAGGGACCGCUGACUUCUUCGGGCUCAAUCACUACACAUCUCGGCUAGUGAGUGUUAGUGCCAAUAUGACCUGUACUGCCGGCCCUCAUGGAGUGGGAGAUUUUACUGAGCAUGUUGACCCCUCAUGGCCUGACACUGCAUCUCCCUAUAUUUAUACUGUUCCCUGGGGACUUCGUCGCCUCCUGAACUUUGUUGCCCAUGAGUACACGUCAGUAACUAAAGUCCCAAUUUAUAUAACCGGGAAUGGAGUACCAACAGAGUAUGGGAGAGAUACUAUCAACGAUACCCAACGAAUUGACUUCCUGAAUGGCUACAUUAAUGAGGCACUGAAAGCAAUCCAGACAGAUGGUGUGGCUCUGAAAGGCUUCACUGUGCGCUCACUCAUGGACAGUUUCGAGGGCCAUCAAGGGUACAGCCAGAGGUUUGGCUUGCAUUAUGUCAACUUCGAAGACGUCAACAGACCCAGAACACCAAAAGCAGCGGCCUACUUUUACUCUCGGAUCAUUAAAAACAACGGCUUUGUGAACAGCACUGUAAUGAGGCCUUCUCGGCUGCUAGUUGGUCAAUCCGGGAUCAACAGGCUGUCCAGCCUACCAGCAUCUGAAGUCCCCUCAAAAGCAAAGAUUGUCUGGGAGAAGUUUUCUCUUCAGACCACGUUCGAGAGGACUAAGUACCAUUACGGCACCUUCACGAAAGGGUUUGCAUGGGGUGUGUCCUCCUCAGCAUAUCAGAUUGAAGGUGGUUGGAAUGCAGAGGGCAAAGGACCAAGUGUGUGGGACACCUUUACCCACAAGCCCAAUAAUAUCAAGAACAAUGACACUGGCGAUGUGGCAUGUGACAGCUACAAGAAGAUAGAGGAAGACCUGUAUAUGCUGAGGGCUUUGAGGACAAAGACCUACCGCUUCUCCCUGUCCUGGCCUAGGAUCUUCCCAACUGGUAAAAAACAGUCCCUCAACCAGAAAGGUGUGGACUACUACAACCAUCUCAUUGAUGGCCUGCUGGCCCACAAUAUCACACCAAUGGUGACCCUCCAUCAUUGGGAUCUACCUGAAGACCUGCAGCUCAUUGGAGGCUGGGAAAACGAGCAACUAAUUGACUUGUUCAAUGAAUUUGCCGACUUCUGUUUUGCCACCUUUGGGGACCGGGUGAAGUUUUGGAUGACCUUCAACCAGCCCCACACCAUUGCAUGGGUAGGAUAUGGAUUAGGAAUGUUCCCUCCAAAUGUUAAGGAUCCUGGAGUAGCUCCAUACAAAAUUGCUCACACCCUGAUAAAAGCCCAUGCUAAAGCCUAUCGCACCUAUGACCAGAAAUAUAGAGGCUCACAAGCUGGACUGGUUUCCUUAAGUCUCAGUACUGAGUGGGUUGAACCCAAAGACCCCAGGGACCCCAGAGAAGUGAGAGCUGCUGAUCGUUACCUCCAGUUCCAACUUGGCUGGUUUGCCCAUCCUAUCUUUAAGAACGGGGACUACCCUGACGCAAUGAAAUGGCAGGUAAAAAACAAGAGUGAGCUCCAGGGUCUGACGGCAUCCAGGCUUCCCUCAUUCACAGAGCAAGAGAAAGCUGACAUCCGAGGGUCUGCUGAUGUCUUCUGCAUCAACACCUAUACUACAAGAAUAGUGCACCACAGAACCAGCAAGCUUAGGCCAUUUUCCUAUUCUGACGACAGAGAUUUGGGGGAGGAAAUAGAUCCGAGCUGGCCUGGCACUGCCAUGAAAGAGUUCAAAGCUGUCUCGUGGGGUCUGAGGAGGCUAUUGAACUGGAUUAAAGAGGAAUACGGUGACCCAGAGAUUUACAUCACUGAGAAUGGGGUGGGAACUGAUGCAGAUACAACUGUGAGUGACAUUGACAGGAUUUUCUUUUACAAAACCUACAUCAACGAGGCUCUGAAAGCGCACAAUUUGGAUGGUGUGAAACUGAGAGGAUACACAGCCUGGUCCCUGAUGGACUCUUUUGAAUGGCUUAAUGGGUACAGCAUUGGGUUUGGUCUGCACCAUGUGGACUUCAAGAGCCCCAGCAGACAGAGAACACCGAAGCGAUCAGCCCAUUACUUUUCAGAAAUCAUCAGCAAAAAUGGAUUUCCAUUACCUGAGGAUGAGCAGACUCUUUACGGGGAGUUCAGAAAGGACUUUUCAUGGAGUGUGGCUACAGCAGCCUAUCAGAUUGAAGGAGGCUGGAGGGAUGAUGGAAAAGGUCUCAGUAUCUGGGACACCUUUGCACACACCCCAUUAAAAGUAGGAAAUGACGAAAAUGGGGACAUAGCCUGCGACAGCUAUCACAAGAUUGACGAAGACGUGGCUAUGUUGAAGAGACUCAAGGUGUCUCACUAUCGCUUCUCAAUAUCCUGGCCAAGGGUCCUUCCUGAUGGAACCAUAAAGCUCAUCAAUGAAGCUGGUCUCAACUACUACGACAGGCUGAUUGAUGCACUACUUGCUGCCAACAUUCAACCACAGGUGACGCUGUACCACUGGGACCUGCCCAAGGCACUGCAGGAUAUUGGCGGCUGGGAAAACGAAACUAUAGUCCAGCGUUUUAAAGAGUACGCUGACGUCAUCUUCAGAAGGCUGGGAGAUAAAGUGAAGUUCUGGAUUACUGUGAACGAGCCCUACAAUGUGGCAAACAUUGGCCAUGGCUAUGGAACAGCUGCACCCGGUAUCAGCUUUCGGCCUGGAACAGCUCCUUACGUGGUUGGUCACAACCUGUUGAAGGCUCAUGCUGAAGCCUGGCACCUUUACAAUGACACAUAUAGGGCAAAGCAGGGGGGGCUAAUCUCCAUCACCAUCAACUCAGACUGGGCCGAGCCCAGGAACCCAUACAACCAAGAAGACAUUGACGCAGCCAGGCGCUUUGUGAAGUUUUAUUUAGGCUGGUUUGCCAAUCCUGUUUUUAAUGGAGACUACAAUGAAAUAAUGAAGACUAGGGUUCGAGAGAGGAGUUUGGCAAACGGCCUUCCCAAAUCUCGGCUUCCAGAAUUCACAGAUAGUGAGAUAAAGAGAAUUAAAGGCACUUUUGAUUAUUUUGGAUUUAACCACUAUACCACCAUCCUGGCCUUCAACCUUGAUUACAAGAAAAUUCAGUCUUAUGAUGCAGACAGGGGGGUAGGAACAAUCACAGACCGCAGCUGGCUCAGCUCAGGUUCCAUGUGGCUGAAAGUCACUCCUUUUGGGUUCAGAAAAAUCUUGAAAUUCAUUAAGGAUGAAUACGGUGACGUUCCCAUUUACAUUACGGAGAACGGCAUUUCAGAACGCGGACCUGUGGACCUGAACGACAUGUGGAGAGUACACUACUACGACGAGUACAUCAACCAAGCACUAAAAGCUCAUAAACUGGAUGGCGUGGACAUCCGUGGCUACACAGGCUGGUCUCUGAUGGACAAUCUGGAGUGGGCUGUUGGCUUUGCUGAGAGGUUUGGACUGUUCUACGUGAAUCACUCUGAUCCAGCUUUACCGCGUAUUGCCAAGGAAUCUACAAAGCGCUAUUCCGCGAUCAUACGCUGUAAUGGGUUCCCAGACCCUGCGGAAGGCCCUCAUGCCUGUCUUCAGCCAGACCCAGAGGCUACAACCAAACCCACUGAAAACCCCAAGCCCACUGAAAACCCCAAGCCCACUGAAAACCCCAAGACCACUGAAAACCCCAAGACCACUGAAAACCCCAAGCCCACUGAAAACCCCAAGCCCACUGAAAACCCCAAGACCACUGAAAACCCCAAGACCACUGAAAACCCCAAGCCCACCGACACCCCCAAAGCUCCCUCUGGGGCUCAGGUGAACUUCCUGGGGUUGGAGGUAACUGCGGGGAAUGCAGAAGCCGCUCUCUAUGUUCUCCUGGGCCUCUCGGUAGCUGGUACCAUUGGGAUUGUUUAUGUCUCCUACAGAUAUAUUAAAACAAAGAAACUAAUGAAAUCCUUAAAUUCAAAUGAUGACUCCGUAAACCUUAGACGAAUGUAAGUACAUGCACUUAAAAAAAAUAGAUUAGGAAGGAUUAAGCAAGAACCGUCUAAAAUGGGAUUGCUUGUUUCAGUCUUCAACGUUUGUCAUGCUUUUACUUAAAAAAAGGUUUGUUUACUCGGCCCAAAUCAUUAAAUUUGUAACAUUUUGAUUUAUGGAUCUGUUGCAAAUUAGCUCACGGUAUUGUCUAAAUUGUAAAAACUUUUCAAUACAAAGUCUAUUACACUGUAGAUGUACAACCCAAUGUAAUAAUUACAAAUAUAAAAAAGCUGUUAGCUUAACCAUUGCAAUGUUCUGUAUGGUUUAUUGUGCUACUGUACUUUAUAUUCAUAACAUUUCAAUAAUGUUCUUUAACUUACAUGUAAACCUUCAACUGUUAAGGUAUUAUUAAAUAUGAAUGAUAUUAACCGGAGUGUGAUAAUAA